AUGGCCGAUGAAUUCGAGGUGUUCUCGGGGCUGUUCCAGCAGGCGUCGCCGGAGGCGGAACCGGCGAGCGACGAGGCGAAGCCCAAGAGGAGCCGAAGAGCAGUGGGCGUGUGGGGGCGGAAGGCCCCGUCUUCCGCUGCCCUGCGAGUCAAGGCGGCGCGCGAGCUCGCAGCCGCGCGCGAGCAGGAGGACGUUCUCAUCAGAAGGGCGUCGAGGUUCAUGCCGGCGAGGGAGGUCCGCUUCCUAGAGGCCUCGCAGAGCGGCGCGGGGGGCGCCCCCCUGCCCCUAGGCCUGUGCAGAGAGCCGGUAGCCAUGCUCAUGUCGUACGGGGGCGCGACCACGCUGGAGCAGGCCCUGCGCGUCGACAGGUGGAGCGAGGCUAAGGCAGUGAACGUCGCCGUGCGCUUGUGCCGCCGUGUGGAGGAGAUCCACGCCAAGGGCCUGAUCCACAACGACCUCAAGGCCGACAACGUGAUGCUGGACAAGGCCCUCGACGUCUCCGUCAUCGAUUUCGGCUCGGCCACGCCCGAGGGCGGCGUCGUUGGCUACGAAAACGACGGCAGCUUCAGGGCCGAGUGGCUGGCGCCGGAGCUCCUGAGCGGAGGAACCAGCACCCGCGCCUCCGACGCUUUCUCCGUCGGCUUCCUCCUUCGCCAGAUCUGCCACGCCAUGAAAAGGCCCUCCAAGAAGGCCAGGGCCUCUGGAGGGGCGCAGGAGAAGUUUGCCAGCGCCAUCGAGGGGGCGCAGCGCCCGGAGCCAGGGCGGCGCUUGACCCUCGGCGAGAUCGAGGCGCUGCUGAAACCACCCACGAAGGGCGCAGCUUCGCAGUGA